AAUUCAUCUACUGUAAAAUACAACUACAGGAGAUACUAUACUGUAAGUCAAACUAGUAACAGUGUAACUAUUAAUAUAGCUAAUGUAUCUAAAGACAGGGAUGAUGGACAAUGGAAAUGUGAAAAUCCAGCUGUAGAAAUGAUUACUGUAGAUGUAAAAGCGCAACCUGAUCUAAUAUCUGACAUCAGAUAUUCACCACCAAGUGACAACAGUAUAUGUAUUACAUGGACACCAGGACUUAAUGGUGGAGAUCAACAAGAAUUUAUCGUUGAACAUUCAGUAGAUAAUAAAACCUGGACUAGUUCUACACCUCUACUAGAAUCUAAACCUGACUAUUGUAUAAAGAAUCUACAAGCUGAUACACCAUAUUAUAUUAGAGUUAUUGCUAGAAAUAAAUAUGGUGAUAGUCAACCAGUUUAUCUGAUGUUAUCUAAUGGUUCUUUUAAAGUACAAACUUUAAAGACAGUGGAAUCACCAACAUCGACAGGACCCAAUUUUGGAUUAAUAAUAGGAAUUAUCGUAUGUGUUGGUGUGGUCAUACUGAUUAUUAUUUUAGUUGUUGUUCUAUAUAAAAGACGUAAACGUGUCAACAAGAAAGACGGUCACGAUAAAGAAUAUGCACCAAAUGUCCAUAAUCAUGUCACAACUACGCGACAAGAGGAAACGAAUGCAGUGGUUCAUGAUAGUCCAGGUGAAAUUAAAAAGGAUGGUACGUCAACAUGUACACAAGUAAGCCAGUUGAAAAAAACAGCAGAAACAAAACCAAAUCCAGAGUUGCUUUAUGCAACCGUUAAUAAGACUAAAACCGAUGAAACAAUGAAAAAGGAUGCACAAUCUAAGAAACCAGAUAUAAAAUCUAAGAAAUCCAAUGUCAAACCAACACAAAUCAACGGUAAACCAAAUGAAAAAAUGACAACUAAGGGGGAUGCGAAUGAAAAUGUUGGUAUCUUUAGUAACAACCAUGGCAUGGCAACAAGUCAAUAUGAAAACCAUUUAAUUCAGAAAGCAAAAGCCGAAACCUUUAAGAAAAAGGAUGUUGUUUAUGCCGAUCUUGAUUUUGAUGGUCAUCAUCCAACAACAGCCGUACGAGGUCAAGUUAAUGCUGUAGAGUAUAAUGGUAUUGAUUAUACUAAACGUGGACCAACUCAACCAACACCACCUAAUAGUAGUGAUGAAGAAGCUGACAACGACAAGUAAUUGCUGAUUCAUAUGUUUGUUUUCUGUUUAAACAUAAGUCUAGGAAAGUUGAAUCUGGAAAAAUACCUACUUAGUCCAUUUCUCGUUUUCACCCAUUUGUUUAACUACUUCAAUAUAUUAACACCUUUCACAGAACUAAAACAACCCCUAUAGUAUUAUAUUAACAUAAGCCUCGGCAUGUUUCAGUUCCCAUAAUUAUAUUCUGUAUGCUUAUAAUAUGUAUAUAUUUAACAAAUAGUGUAAGAAAAAAAUGUUAUGAAUGUAAAGUUUUGCCAUUAAGGUUCUACAAAUAAAGGUGUUUUUUGAUUGUUUUGAAAUAAAAGCUCACCAAUUUCUUUUUGUUUACUUUGUGCAUGUAAAUGUUCUUAGUUAUUUAUCACUUUGCUUCUAUUGUAUCCAUGUUUAAGUUUUAUAGUUAUAUAAUAAUGUAAUCAAAUAGGCCAUUUUCGAAAAGGAAUAUAUCUUUGUAUUGAUUAUAAUUUUUGUUAAAUAAUAUUAUUUUACGACUGAA